AUGGCUCACGGCAACCCCGUGCCUAAACUCUACAGAUCCAUUAUCGAAGAUGUGAUUGAAGGUGUUCGGGAACUCUUUGCAGAAGAGGGCAUAGAAGAACAGGUUUUGAAAGACUUGAAGCAGCUUUGGGAAACCAAGGUGAUGCAGUCUAAAGCAACAGAAGGCUUCUUCAGGCAUAGCCACCACUCGCCACAGUUUACUCUGCAGUUGCCGCACAGUUUUCAUCGUGCUCUGCAGGCUUCAGCAGCUUCUUUAGUCAUCCCAACUGGCAGAGGUUUCCAGCAUUUCACAGCAGCAGACCUGGGUGCUUCACGACCAGGUGCAGCUCUUACCCUCCCUUCGGGUAUUGCUUAUCCUGUACAUGUACCUGCUGGAGUGACACUGCAGACUGCAUCUGGGCACCUUUAUAAGGUAAAUAUGCCUGUUAUGGUUACACAGGCCCCAGGUGAUGCAGGUAUUCUACAGCAUCCUAUUCAGCAGAUAUUUCAGCAGCUUGGACAGCCUUCAGUUCUGCAAACCAACAUUGCCAGUGUUGCACAGGUGAAUGCAGCUUCUGUCCAGGCAACAGCUGAAACAUUGCAAUGCCAGGAGCCUGCUGUCCAACAGACCAUGGUAUUUCAACCAAGUGUCAUGGAAGGAAAACACCUGGAAAACUCUACAAAUUCUACAUUGGUUCAGCAGCCUACUACGAGUCAGCAGCAAAUUACAACUAAUGCAACACUGAAUCAGCAAGCAGACUUGACAGAAAAAUCCCAGUACAGUGAUCUUCAUACAGCUGUGUUCACUUCAGAAACCUCUGAAGUGUUUUCUCCUGCUGAAUCAUUGGCAAACAACCCAAGCAGCCUGCUGCCGGAUGUGGAGGAACAGCUAGGCACAGAGCCACAGAAAUCGGUGCAGCACCAGGUGUCUGAUGAUAUCAUUGAGUUGAUUAUCAUGGGCAGCAGCACGGAUGAAAACGCCAUCCUGAAAGAUCAGGACAGUAUUGUUCUUGAAGAUAAGAUGGAACCUACUGAGCAGAUGGAAUCUAGUUUACGAGCAGAGAAUGAUAUCUGCAGUGACAUUGAAGGCAUAAUUCAGCUAGAUGGAACGAGUGACGUUUCUCCCAAGGAAGAAAUAGCACAUACAAAAGAUAUGGAAGAGAAUGAAUUCAUUGGCAUUAUUGAAUCGGAGGAUCUAAAAGUUCUGGAAGAUGAGGAUGAGGAAGAGGAUGAAGAAGGUGACAGCCUUUCAAACACAGAAUCUAGCAGCAGUGGUGCUGAUAAUGGAGAGCCUCAGAUAGAUAUAGUUGAGGAGGACCCCUUAAAUUCUGGUGAUGAUGUCAGUGAACAGGACACUCCAGACUUGUUUGACACUGAUAACGUGAUAGUUUGUCAGUAUGACAAGAUACAUCGGAGUAAGAACAAAUGGAAGUUUUACUUAAAAGAUGGAGUGAUGUGCUUUGGGGGGAAAGACUAUGUUUUUGCAAAAGCCAUCGGAGAUGCAGAGUGGUGA